AUGGCGUUGCCUCGGGAUGAAUUGCUAAACAAGCCAUUACCUAGGCUCUGUCGAGAAUGUAACUACACUGAGGCGGCACCCCCGAACUCUGAACAUCUGACGCUAUUACGCUCUUACCAGCUUACCCCAUUCGCCCCAGCACUAAUCCAGGAGAACAUUAAGCAGCAGGCGUUUGGUCUUACCGGUGGAGAGAGCGGCUGCCGUGCUUGCUGCAUAAAAGCUCCCAGUGCAGGGCAGAGCCUUCUUGUGCUGUGCAUGCUUCUUCUCAACACUCCUCCGACUGAAUCUGGAAUAUCGGGCCAAGCAAAGUCGCUCUACACUUUAGUAAAAAGCUCAAUCGCUCUAAUCCAAGCGGGAUAUGAGGCUUCACUUGAGCUGCUACAGUCUCAGGCACUUGUGAAGCUAUUUGAAGUCAGCCACGCGUCAACGAGCUAUGUGUGGGAGAAGAAUCAUGAGGGCGGCUUAGUUACAACAGAAGAAGUUGCUCGAAUCUGGCAGGCUGUUGUGAUACUGAACAGGUAUCUUGGUUUGCGGAACUCGCCAACCAUAUAUCGAACAACAGAAGUACCAUCACUCACUCAGUUGUUUGCUACCGAUGACUUGAAGAGCGGUAUGGUGGGAGCCACGAGCGCGGCCGAUUUGUCUGCCAGUAAAACACCUCUUGCCAGCCUAGUCGAAGCUUCUCGUCUGCUCGAACAAGCCUUAACUCAUGUCAAUAAUCCCACCAUACGCCAGGACUUCAACGCGGCCGAAGCUAUUCAAUUGAUAAAAACCGUCAUUGCCUACAAACAUGUUUUGACAGAGUCCGAAGUCACAUCUCCUAGUCGACUUGCUAGCCAGGUCGAUAUCUGCAACAGUGCCCUCCUCUCCGUCUUCGAGCUUGGAAAUCACCUCAAAAUACCCCAGGAUAUCUCUUGUCACUUUUCUUCGGGAUUGUUCCGAGAUGCCCUGAUAGACGAGGUUGUCAGCGCGGCUAAACAAUUUGAGGGAAGCUUGGCGUCUACGAACCUCUCGGAUCUCUGUCCAUUUUCACUCCACCCGGUCCUCAAAGCGGCAUGUCCUACAUCACUCAAGUAA